CCGCCCACCGCCCUGAUGACGGGCUGACGACAUCGCGCACGCUCAGUUCUUUCCGUUCUUUGUUCAAGCGGAUCGGCAUCGGGAGGGGUUCCUCGCCCCCAGGGUGGGGAGCCGGGAACGAAUGGUUCUCUGCGGGGCGAAACCUACGAUUUUCUAUUGUUAGACCUGCGGUGAGAAGUUUAUUUGAAGAAAAACCCCAACUGGAAGCAAACCACAGCUGAAGACGAGGGAACAGCAACAAGUGAAUUGGCCCGAGGACUGAGAACAGCAACUGGAGAGACCAACUUUGCAUCAAGAGACUCGGAUUUCCCAGUGAUUCAGUCAGGAGAAAGUUUGGGCCAUGCGUUAAGAAUUCUGCCGGCGCUGAAGCGCCGAUGAAAUGCGCAGGCGUCAGGCUGAGGACGUCCCCGAGUAUCACGCAUGCGCGCAGUACACAGAAGGCCUUGAAAAUGGCGGCUACAGGUUAAAAACGAGAAGGAAUUUGUCGCCGGGGAUCUCAAACAGAAAACGCCAGUUUUGCUGUCUCUGUCUGGAUAUUUAAGAAGUGGAGCGAGGGAUUCAAUCGACUAUCCUUCCUGCUCAGACUGUGGAGAGGGAUUCAAUUGAUCAUUUGACCAAAUAGCAAGCCAGUCAUCUUACACAGGAGAAAGGCUGUUCACCUUCUCAGACAGUGGGAAUAGAUUCACUCAAUUAUCACAAUUGAAGGUACAUCAGCAAGUUCACACUGGGCAAGGCCAUUCAUCUGUUCUGUGUGUGAGAAAGGAUUCAGUUGGACCUGUGGACACACCAGUCAGUUCACACCACACCUGGUAGAGGCUGGUGAUCUGCUGAAUUUCUGGGAAAAGAUUCACUCAGUCAUUUGACCUUAUGGCUCACCAGCGAGUUCACACUGGGGAGAAGCCAUUCACCUGUUCAGUCUGUGGAAAGGGAUUCACUCAGUCAUCCAACCUACGGAGUCCCCAGCGAGUUCACACUGGGAAGAGGCCGUUCACCUGUUCAGAAUGUGAGAAGAGAUUCACUCAGUCAUCCAACCUACGGAGUCCCCAGCGAGUUCACACUGGAGAGAGGCGCUUCACCUGCUCAGUCUGUGGGAAGAGAUUCACUCAGGCAUCCAACCUACGGAGACAUCAGCGAGUUCACACUGGGGAGAGGCCGUUCACCUGUUCAGUCUGUGGGAAGAGAUUCACUCGGUCAUCCAACCUACUGUUACAUCAGCGAGUUCACACUGGGGAGAAGCCAUUCACCUGCUCAGAAUGUGGGAAAGGAUUCAGUGAGUUAUCCAACCUACUGGUACAUCAGCGAGUUCACUCUGGGGAGAAGCCAUUCACCUGCUCAGUCUGUGCGAAGGGAUUCACUCGGUCAUCCCAACUACAGAAUCAUCAGCGAGUUCACACUGGGGAGAAGCCAUUCACAUGCUCAGAAUGUGGUAAAGGAUUCAGUGAGUUAUCCAACCUACUGGUACAUCAGCGAGUUCACACUGGGGAGAAGCCAUUCACCUGCUCAGAAUGUGGGAAAGGAUUCAGUGCUUUAUCCAGCCAACUGAGACAUCAGCGAGUUCACACUGGGCAGAAACCGUUCACCUGUUCAGAAUGCGGGAAGAGAUUCACUCAGUCAUCCCACCUGCAGAGUCAUCUGCCAGUUCACACUGGAGAGAAGCCAUUCCCCUGCUCAGAAUGUGGGAAGAGUUUCAGUCACUCACGCUCCCUGCAGAGACACCAGUCAGUUCACACUGGGGAGAAGCCGUUCAUCUGCUUAGUCUGUGGGAAGAGAUUCACUGAGUCAUCCAGAUUACUGGUACAUCAGCGAGUUCACACUGGGGAGAAGCCGUUCAUCUGCUUAGUCUGUGGGAAGAGAUUCAAUAACUCAUCCAGAUUGCUGGAACAUCAGCGAGUUCACACUGGAGAGAGGCCAUUCACCUGCUCAGAAUGUGGGAAGAGAUUCACUCACUCUUCCACACUACAGAGACAUCAGCGGGUUCACACUGGAGAGGAGCCAUUUACCUGCUCAGGGAAGGGAUUCUCUCGGUCAUCUGACCAAAUGGCACACCAGCAAGUUCAUACCGGGAAGUGGCCAUUCACCUGCUCAGACUGUGGGAAGGGAUUCACACAGUCAUCCACACUACAGAUUCAUCAGCGAGUUCACACUGGGGAGAAGCCAUUCACCUGCUCAGACUGUGGGAAGGGAUUCACACUGUCGUCCCACCUACAGAGACACCAUCGAGUUCACACUGGGGAGAAGCCAUUCACUUGCUCGGUCUGUGGGAAGAGAUUCAGUGAGUCAUCUGACCUACUGGUACAUCAGCGAGUUCACACUGGGGAGAGGCCAUUCACCUGCUCAGUCUGUGGGAAGGGAUUCACUCAGUCAUCCAACCUACUGGUACAUCAGCGAGUUCACACUGGGGAGACGCCGUUCACCUGCUCAGUCUGUGGGAAAGGAUUCACACUGUCAUCCCAACUACAGAGACAUCUGCGAAGUCACACUGGAGGGAAGCCAUUCACCUGCUCAGAAUGUGGGAAGGGAUUUACACUGUCAUCCCACCUACAGAGACACCAGCGAGUUCACACUGUGGAGAAGCCAUUUACCUGCUCAGAAUGUGGGAAAGGAUUCACUCAGUCAUCCAUACUGCAGAUUCAUCAGCGAGUUCACACUGGGGAGAAGCCGUUCACCUGCUCAGACUGCGGGAUGAGAUUCACUUGCUCAUCUAAACUGAAGGUACAUCAGAGAGUUCACACUGGGGAGAAGCCGUACACCUGCUUAGACUAUGGGAAGGGAUUCACUCAAUCAUCCAACCUACUGGUACAUCAGCGAGUUCACACUGGGGAGAGGCCAUUCACCUGCUCAGUCUGUGAGAAGAGAUUCACUUGCUCAACAAAACUGAAGGUACAUCAGCGAGUUCACACUGGGUAGAAGCCGUUCACGUGCUCAGUCUGUGGGAAAGGAUUCAGUCAGUCGUCCCAAUUACUGGCACACCAGUCAGUUCACAAUGGGGAGUGGCUGUUGUUAUGAAUCCCUGGGUUUUGUUUGCUGUGGACUGUCAUUUUAAGAGAGAGAACAGAUUAAGAAGGUGUAUCAGUCGGCCUUGCAGCUUGUUUACAUCGCUCACAACUUGUUUAGUUUUAACCGAGGACACAGACACUCAGAGUCAGACGGAGACGAAGGAGGAAAAAUGAAAGGAUCAAAACCAGGGAACUAAAGGCCAAGGGUCAAUCUUUGGAACUUUCCUAUGCCCACAAGUGUGGGUUAGUUAUCGAUUCAUCGUACAUCGAACGUGUGGUGGUCACCUCGUUUGAUCCAUAGGAGUGGAUCUGAUUUGGGGUAUCAUGUGAAGACCACUGAUGUGUUGACCCUUGCCUGGGUGUGGUGACGAUACACCUUGUGACAAUUUGCUUUUGGUGAUAAUUCGUAUUUGGAUUUGGAAUGACGAUGGAUUAAAUCUACAGCGAUUAUUCUCUCGCUUUACCACCAUGGAACCUGUGGAAUUCAACAUAAUUGCCUU